AUGUCUUGUUCUCUCUUUGUCAUUUCAGUUGGACGCAUUGUCUUUGAAUUAUUUGCUGAUGUUGUACCUAAAACUGCUGAAAAUUUCCGUGCAUUAUGUACAGGAGAGAAAGGAACAGGGCCUACCACUGGAAAACCUCUCCAUUAUAAAGGAUGUCCUUUCCACAGAAUUAUUAAGCAAUUUAUGGUCCAGGGUGGAGAUUUCUCAGACCAAAAUGGCACGGGUGGAGAAAGUAUAUAUGGUGAAAAAUUUGAAGAUGAGAACUUCCAUUAUAAGCAUGAUAAACCAGGGCUGCUGAGCAUGGCAAAUGCAGGACCUGGUACUAAUGGCUCUCAGUUCUUUAUUACAACGGUGCCUACUUCUCACCUGGAUGGGAAGCAUGUGGUGUUUGGCCAAGUGAUCAAAGGAAUGGGUGUAGUUAAAAUACUAGAAAAUGUUGAAGUAAAAGGAGAAAAUCCGGUUAAGUUGUGUGUUAUUGCAGAAUGUGGAGAGCUAAAGGAAGGAGAUGAUUGGGGAAUUGUUCCCCAGGAUGGAUCUGGAGAUGCUCAUCCAGAUUUUCCUGAAGAUUCAGAUAUAGACUUGAAAGAUGUUGACAAGAUUGUGGCCAUAGCAGAAGACAUAAAGAAUAUAGGAAAUACUUUCUUCAAAUCGCAAAAUUGGGCAGUGGCAGCUAAAAAGUAUAGUAAAAGUUUACGGUAUGUAGAAGCUUCUGAAACAGUGGCAGAGGAGACAGACAAACCAAAGUUAAAGACGGCUGCUUUGACCUGUGUUUUAAACAUUGGCGCUUGUAAACUAAAACUGUCAGAUUGGCAGGGAGCCAUUGAAAGUUGUUCAGAGGCUCUUAAAAUAGAUCCAGCAAAUACUAAAGCUCUCUACAGACGGGCUCAAGGAUGGCAGGGAAUAAAAGAUCUCGAUCAGGCAUUGGCUGAUCUUAAAAAGGCUCAUGAAAUAGCCCCUGAAGACAAAGCUAUCCAGACAGAAACACUCAGAAUCAAGCAGAAGAUAAAAGCCCAAAAGGAGAAAGAGAAGGCAGCUUAUGCUAAAAUGUUUGCUUGAUUUUUUUUUCUAAACUUAAAUCUAUGCACUAACUCAUGCAAAAGGAUAAACAGAGCUGCUUCUUUCAUUUGCCCUGUACUGCAGUUUUCUGUGUUUACCACUCAGAAGUCUAAUAAUAAACACAAAUUGUUCAAAGG